UUGUGUUCGUCCGAAAUCUAUUUCCCAUGAGGCCACGGGCACAAGAAGCUGCGUAUCCAUGACAGCCGUGUUAUUGUUGUUGGUGGUGCUAACAUUAGCAAAGGAAAUCCUUUGAGGUGGCGAUAGCUAACGACAGCUCAAUUAGCGUUAUAAUUAUGUAAAGCGAAUUUGUAGGCAACUUCCAGGCCACACAAGAGGCUAAUUUAAUGUAGCAAUCUAAUAGGAAAUGCGUUUUAAGGAAUCGUGCAAUGCUGUUCGUGCCUUGUUGAUCUUUUAUCUGUCCCUCCAUGUAACGCAAGCUAGCUUAUUUUCAGACGUAGCCUCCUUCUAACACAGCAAACGCAACAGUAAGAAACACGUUCAUUAUCUGUAGCCAAAGCCCCGUCCACUUUCCUUGCGCUUUAGGGUGUCUGCGGACGAGAGGAAAUGCCAGACCUCCCUUUAAACUAUUCACAGCGAGUCAAGGACGUGGAGGCAAGAAUGAGAGACGAGGGCUUGAGCCUAUAAAACGGAGACAAAGGAGAAUGAUUUCACGAUACAACAGAAGACACGUAUCGCACAAACUUGAGAUUCGUGGGUUGUCCCGAAGCAGCCUUGACCACCAUCCUCUCCCGGAGGAGGCAGACAAUAACCAAACCCCUCAGCGCUACCUCCAUGACCUCCAGGAAGCUGUUUCCACUCACAACAGCUCAGACACGUCUGCUGCCUCAGGUCACUCUGACUGUCCCACCGUCAUCUCAGUAGACUCCAGCCAGUCCUGGUCAGGCAUCCACAGCUCCACGGGAACUGGAAUCUCCACAGAGAGGAGCUCUGUGUUCUCCUGGGGAUACGAUGAGUUCGACAAGGCAGCAUCGCGACAGGUGCAACAAAUGUUUGAAGAGAUUGACAAAGAGCUGUACGAGGGGAGAGGCAGCGGAGGAGGGAUACUCCAGGGGCUGCAGGAUGAAUGUCAGCAAUGGGCCACGCGUUUCCCACAUCUCCGGAUCCUGGGAACUCAGCUGGUGUGUCCCAGUGAUGAGGGCUUCCAGUGGUAUGCUACUUCAGGGAAAGGCAACUCUGCCAGUAGCCCAUCAGCAGGCAAAGAGAGCAAUGUGAAGUUCCAGGAGAAAGAUAAGGGUGGCACAGAGUUGAAUGUGCAGGGCAGGAGAGCAGCGCUGAUUGAGUCCUCCUCAGCAGAGCUGGAUGGGUCUCCUGGCUCCACCAGUGGCUCCAGCAGUCAGGAUAAGCCGAGACUGAUCGAAGUGGAGGGUCUGAUGGAGGAAUAUCUGGCUUUUGAUCGCAGGGACUUGGAGGACGAGUGGGAGCAGGACUGUUCGGAGUCAUGUCGGAGACAUCACUGUCUGCCCCCUGUCUCACCGUUUCGUUGUCGGCGUCAAGCUGUUCUCGACCUGCUGUUUGAUGAUGUGUGGCGGCAGCUUGUUGGCUGGAUGAAAGAGCUGGUUCAGCGCCACUGGGAAUGCUGCACCUCAAAUGUUGAAAAGAUUUGUGGGAACUUGAGCCCCGUGCAGCGAGACUCCCAGAAUCCCUUCAUGCUGCUGUCCAUGCUGCCCACGAUGCUGCCUAAAGUUGGCCAGAGCAGAGUGCCCCCGCUUACAGCUGGCCUGCAGUUCCAGGCUGGGAGGGUUCCGGUUGGAGCUGCAGCGACCUCGCACAACCUGAACGACCUCAUCGUGAUCCACAGCAUCCCCCUGCAGCAGAGGAACCUGGGCGUGCUGGACAGAAACCAGGAGCCAGAAGAGCGUCUGUGUCACAGACCAGGUUCCAGUGUGGUCCCUUCCAACAAACCUCGGCCUCGCCGAACCCUGGACCAGAGCUCUUCUUCGCUGUCCCGCCCUCCACAGUCUGCCCGACGCAGAAACCCUCCUCCCCGGACUCUCCUGCCACUGGUUCCCAGCCUGAGUCAGUCCAGCGCUGUGGGAUCCAUGGACGAGGUCAUCCGAGGGACACGUCUACCCACAGCUAGCGACCGCCUGACGUCUCCGCUGUUGCCUCUGAGCAGGAACACACUCCUUCCCCCGAUCAGCACUGGAGACCCAGAGUCAUCUCACUCGGGACAGCAGGCCAAACCUGCACAGCGUCCGAAAGGCCCAUCCAGCCGAGCCCACAGUGCUAUAAAUGAUGAAGCUGGCAGUUCAUUACCAAGAGAUCGUCACCACCUACUGGAUGUCUUCUCCCGCCCAAACACCACUCACACAUACAGGUCGGACACUCCGUACCGUCGCUCCUUCACAGUAUUGGACAACAUUGGACAGGGACGGCCAGGCAGAGCCUCUGUGGGCACAGACUCUCUUGGGAUCGGUGUGACUGGCGUCAGUCUCGGCAUCAGCAGCUCAUCUUUUUUGGAGUCAUUUUCCCAUCACCCCUUGGGGCACUCGCCCAUCAAAGACGAAGAGGAGCCAGAGCCUCAGGCCUCAGUCCCAGCCCCACUGGUGCCUGUGUCAGUCCCACCUCGGUCUUACACCCGGGGAGGCAUCUCAUCCAAAGCCAGCAGACCUGGCUUGUAGUUUCCCUGCAAUCUCUGGACCCUUCAGCCAUUCACUUUAUACAGCACUCCAAUUUUUUCUUUAAACAGAAGUAGCAGAUUUUGUUUUUCAUAUUAUGCUGCUUUGGUGAAGUUUUUGUUAGAAGCCUAUUUUUGUAUAUCAGAAAUCAGCUUACGUGGCUGCCAAACACAAAUGACUGUCGACAAUAAUCCAUGUUCAUGUACAGUAUGAGCUGUGCAUGUAGACAUUUGUACUAUGUAUGUAUGUAUGAUCUGAAUGUGUACAUACUGUAUCUAUCUAUUUCUAUGUGAAUGUACUGUAUAUUAUCCUCUGUGGUGUGUUGUUGUACUGGUAAAUAACUAUGCAGGGAAUAACACAUCCACACCCAGACAGGGACAGAGAGGAUAAAAAGCACUUUUCCCCUCUCCGAUUCUGCAUCAGAGAGUUUGGUACUGUAUCUUUUAUAAGAACACAAUUUUUCAGCCACCCUGUGUAAAAAGAGAGAGAAGCUCUCAUUGCAUAUCGUUGCUCACUGGGCAGAAGAUGCCACCUUGCAAGAUUUUUUUGUUGCCUUUCUCCCCAUUAAAGUCAUAAAUCAGAAGAGGGAAUAUGGUAGCAGAACAGAACAUCUCUGCAGCCCACAUGCUUUUACACCUACACCUCAAGAUAAUGUAGGAAUACAUGAAGCAGUUACAGGAAACUAUGUAAAUAACUAAGUAAUUCACUGUCUCCACAAUAUACUGUAAUUUGUGUUUGUAAAUCUUUUUUUCCCAUCAUUAUCUUAGCAAAGCCAUAUAGGGAUGCUUUGACAGGUAACAUCAGGGUUACUGCACAAAGGUUGGUUUUCCUUUUAUUCAUUAUUAAAAUAUAUCAGACAGCCAUGCUACAAAGGUGACAAAACUCAAAAAAUUGAAGCUUUUCUUCAAUGCA